ACCAGGUCACUGGUCAGCUUCGGGAUGAUUACAGUAAUAGACUAACACCCCGGGGCGUGCACGGCGUGGGUGUGUGACUGUGAUUAAUAUACCACAGACAGUGUCGACACUGUGUGCACAAGCGCUAGGGGACUCCUGUACCUUGCACUGUUCAACACCGGCCGGGCAGUACCGCCUCCGGACUCCACUCUAGUGUCAGAGCGAAGAAACUUUGUGGUGUUGCGCUUCGUCUCUGUUUCCACCUCGCCACUGGGAUUGCUGUGCAAAGAUCGGUUACAGGAAUGUUUCUACCUGCGAUGCCGUGUUGGUAGAGGCGGGGAAGCAGUACUACACAGUACGCACCACAGCAGCGUUCGCUUUGCUGGGUUGAUUUCUAGGAACCCUAACUUGUAAAACAGAACGGAGAUCCUGAGUGCAAAAUACGACACGUCUGGAGUUUGACAGGCGUUGAAAUUAUCUGUCCUGCCAAGCAUUGACUUGGCUCCGCUGCUGAUCGGUGGGUGACAAUCGAAAAUAAAAGAUUUAUUUUGGUCACGGCGAUAGAUGGCUUUCAUGCAGACUCCUCUGUCUUCGGGUUCUGUAGUCAGUGUUUUCCGGGAUCAUGAAGCUGCCAGCCUCCUGAGUUUUAUUAAUCGUAAUAACACGGCAAUUUACUAGUAGUAGAACCAGCCCGAACAGGAGAAGCAAAUUAUUAUUACAAGCACGACCCGAGAUACGAUUCCGUCAUCUCUCACAGUUUGCACGCUGGCACUUCCCCCCCGCGAGGCUCUGACUGGAUGGAUAGGAUGAAGAUAAUCAAGCGUCGCCUGUCAAUGUCUCUGCGCAGCGCCCGUCCCGUUGACGACUCGCUGUCCGAGCUGGCAGAGCAGAUCACGCUGGAUGAGCCCAACGGUGCCCGCGACAACGAGCCGAUGGUUCGGGUGGCACACCCCCCUGCCUCUCACAGCGCCCCCUCUUUCCUGCGGCAGUACGCUGGCUCGUUGGGGCGCGCAGCCCUGCUUAGGGACCCAGGAUCCGGCCGGCUGGGUGAGCGGCCCUACCUCUCCCUCGAAAGGACAAGCUCGCUCGGUAUCGUCCAUGAGAAUGUGAAGAUGGGCUCCGACGGGGAGAGUGACCAGGCCUCCGGGACGUCCUCAGAUGAGGUGCAGUCCCCGGUACGAGUGCGCAUGAGGAACCACCACCACCGCCGCAUCUCCACCGAGGACAUUAACAAGCGCCUGUCCCUGCCUGCGGAUAUCCGGCUACCAGAGGGCUACCUGGAGAAGUUUGCCAUGAACAGCCCGCCCUUCGACAAGCCCAUGAGCCGGCGGCUGCGGCGUGCGUCCCUGUCGGAGAUUGGCUUCGGGAAGCUAGAAACUUACAUCAAGCUGGACAAACUGGGAGAGGGGACCUACGCCACAGUGUUCAAGGGCAGAAGCAAACUGACAGACAACCUGGUGGCACUGAAGGAGAUCAGACUGGAGCAUGAGGAGGGGGCUCCCUGCACAGCUAUCAGAGAGGUGUCUCUGCUGAAAGACCUGAAGCAUGCCAACAUCGUCACUCUGCACGACAUCAUCCACACGGACAAGUCGCUCACCCUCGUCUUCGAGUACCUGGAGAAGGACCUGAAGCAGUACAUGGAUGACUGCGGGAACAUCAUGAGUGUGCACAAUGCCAAGAUCUUCCUGUUCCAGCUGCUUCGCGGGCUCUCGUACUGUCACCGACGGAAGGUGCUGCACCGGGACCUUAAGCCGCAGAACCUGCUGAUCAACGACAAGGGGGAGCUCAAGCUGGCUGACUUCGGUCUGGCUCGGGCCAAGUCUGUCCCCACCAAGACGUACUCCAAUGAGGUGGUGACGCUGUGGUACCGGCCCCCCGACGUGCUGCUGGGCACUACAGAGUACUCCACCCCCAUCGACAUGUGGGGUGUGGGCUGCAUAUUCUACGAGAUGGUGACGGGGCGCCCUCUCUUCCCCGGCUCCACAGUAGAAGAUGAACUCCAUUUGAUAUUCAGGAUACUGGGGACACCCACGGAGGAGACGUGGCCAGGGGUCGCCACCAGUGAAGAGUUCAAGACGUACAAAUUCCCCCGCUACCGAGCAGAGCCGCUCGUGAACCACGCCCCCAGGAUAGACAGCGACGGUCUGGAUCUGCUGUCAAAGCUUCUGCAGUUUGAAGCCAAGAGGCGAGUGUCUGCGGAGGAGGCCCUUCGGCACCCGUACUUCAAAAGCUUUGGAGAGGCGGUGCAGACGCUGCCUGACACUGCGUCCAUCUUCUCUGUGAAAGAGAUCCAGCUGCAGAGAGACCCAGGGAAGCGAUCGUUGGGGCACCCUGAAGCAGCAUCUCUUAAACUUGGCUCCGCCUCCUCAGAAUAUUUCCAGAAAGACGGAGCGAAACCACGGACACAUUCUCACGUUCUCUCCUCCCCCUCCACCGGCUGAACUCUCGUCCCACUCCGCCCAGGGAAAGAAUCGACGGCAGAGCAUGUUAUUUUAGCACGUUGGUGGUGAAGCCAGCGCUGCAUUGGAAGAGGACCGGCUAUCCGGAGGACUACAAAGAAACCAAAUCUGUGCUGCUGAGGACAUUUUUUUUGGGAGUGCCUUUCCAUCACCCAUCCCACCCCCCAUCCCCCAUCCCUCCCCCACCCCCCUACCCCGCCCCCCACUCUGCAGGGGAACCAGAGAACCCCUGAGCUCCCGAGAAGCACCGAGGGGCCUCCUGUAAAUAGAACAAUAGAACAGACCCUCCCUCCCACUGCCACUGAUGAUGGACCGACUUUCCAGAGAACAUUCGCGAUCAGGCAAAAUCCCACCAUCUCCUGUGCCAACUCGUAGAUAUAUUUAUGUUUUGUUUUAUUGAAUUUUAUUGCUUCAGGAAAUCAUGUAGGAGGACUGGAAAUUCAAGGGGGGGGGGGGGAUUCUGAGCUUCCCAUAUACCUCUGAUUGCUUGUACGGCUGGCUUCAGGUUUCGGGAGAGAUGGGGGUGUGUGAGAGGGAGGGAGUGGUUUUGCAGCCCCAUCAGGUUUUUUUGGGUACGUACAGAUAUAUUUGGAUUUUCACAUCCCCUACAUAUGUAUGUUCAAAUCAUUUGCAGUUUUAAUUGACUGAAACAAAUAUUUAUAUUGUAUAUUCAGGUUAGUUUAAAAAAUGAAGCAUGCCUGGGCUAUUAACAAAUGAGCAUUUGGAGGGCGGGAGAAGUGGAGCCUUUGCAUUGUGCAUCCAGCAGAGGGCGACCAUGCAGUAUGUAAAAAUCGAUUGCAAUUUAAAACUAAGUGAUUCAUUUCUAAUUUAAAGGGGAUGUGAGAUUAGCCCCACUUCCCCCUCUCUCCAGCCUGCUUCCCCUGUACCAGUACACAGGGAAGGGGUGAUGAAAAGGUCAUUACUGGCAUGUUUUUGUAGAUGUGAUGAUGUCUCCCCAGUAUUGUCUCCCAGUCUCUGUCCUGGGAUUAGUGCUGUCUCCCAUUCCGUGUAAUAAGAACCCCCCCCCCCCCCCCAAAAAAAAAAAAAACUUGAACCAAUCAUGAACGCCAUACUGAGGCCGCUGUGUUGUCUUCCAGUCCCUUUUUUAUACUGUAAGAAAACUUGUUUCGAUGUUUCGACUCCCAGUCCAGUUUCUGUUUAGGAUCCAGUGUUGUCUCCCAGUUUCUUUACUGGGGCCAGCCACUUUUCUUUUCAUUUUUUUUUCCAUCUGGGACCAGUCAAGUAACAGAUGAGGAAAGCGUGAAGCUGGAGGAGUUGUGUGAAAUAAGAUGAGAACCGGAUUUAUGAAUAGGCAGGCACAAUAGAAUGCCUGUCAAUUAUUUUUAGAAACGUAGUAUUUUUUUUAUUUAUUAUUUUAGGAUGAUUAAACAAUGCUGUGAUCUGACACCCCCUCCCCCUAAACACUAACACAGAAACAAAACAAAAUAAUUGUUUCCUACAUUUUAGCAGGAUUGGAUUUUAUUUUUUAAUUUUUAAUUUCGGGUUUAUAUAUAUAUAUAUAUAUAUAUAUAUAUAUAUAUAUAUGAAUAUAUUUAAAAACUAGAAUCACUUGAUACUAGACACGGUUGUAAAAGUCAAGACUUAAAUGUGAAAUGUAUGUAUUUCCUGAACUUCAAAACGGGAAAAAAAACAAGAAAGUAACUGGUGGGCUAAUAUAGGGUAAGAGUCGUGUGCACUGUGUAGUGCUGGGGUCCAGGGAGGUGAAACAGGUGAAGCCUGGCUUUGAGGGGUGCAGGACUGCUUGGAGUCAAACCAGUUGAAUAGGCCUCAGGCACUGGCAGAGCUAAGUGUGUUCAACACAUUGACUGCUAUGACAAGUAAACGGUUGGGAUCAGUUGAAUUCUGCUGCCCUGCCCUUGAGUUCUGGCACACUGUUUCCCCUCCAUUGCUCCGAUCGCUCCGGGUCCUGCCUGUCUGUGCCGGAUAAGAGGGGUGGCCAUGACCCCCUUGGUAAUGUAAAUGUGUAUCUCAACACCCGCCCAUCUCUGUAUCAUUUUGUACAUCACCGCUACCAAUAAACCCGAAAUGAACUAUCA